CACGCCAGCGAUGUAUGCAGCAAAGAAGGGCAAUAAGAAAGUUGUUGAUCUACUGGUGAGCAAAGGAUGCAACUUGUCGGUAGUGGAUAAUCUAGGUGGAAACAUUCUACAUGCUGCAUGUUUAGGUGACAAUGAAGACAUUGUUAAGGAUGUUCUCUCGCGUGGGAUAGCUGACAUAGAUAGCAGAGAUAAUCAAGGAAGGACACCAGCGAUGUAUGCAGCAGAGAAGGGCAAUAAGAAAGUUGUUGAUCUACUGGUGAGCAAAGGAUGCAACUUGUCAGUAGUGGAUGAUCAAGGUAGAAACAUUCUACAUGUUGCAUGUUUAGGUGACAAUGAAGACAUUGUUGAGGAUGUUCUCUCGCGUGGGAUAGCUGACAUAGAUAGCAGAGAUAAUCAAGGAAGGACACCAGCGAUGUAUGCAGCAGCGAAGGGCUAUAAGAAAGUUGUUGAUCUACUGGUGAGCAAAGGAUGCAACUUGUCGGUAGUGGAUAAUCUAGGUGGAAACAUUCUACAUGCUGCAUGUUUAGGUGACAAUGAAGACAUUGUUAAGGAUCUUCUCUCGCGUGGGAUAGCUGGCAUAGAUAGCAGAAAUGAUCGAGGAAGGACACCAGCGAUUGGAUAA